AUGGAUGACCAGAUUGCCAACUUCAACAUCACAUUGCAGCAACUCAACUCACAGUUGGGAGACGACAACGAGAGCUUCCUCGCAAAGUCGCUCUUCUUCCUCAACAUGGGGAGCAAUGACUACGUCAACAACUACUUGCUCCCGUUCUCCGAUAAGCCGAACAGGUACACACCGGAGGCUUUCAGUGACCUACUGAUCCGAAACUACAACAAGCAGCUAAUGAACUUGUAUGACUUGGGGGGAAGAAGGUUCCUGGUGGCCAGCCUCGGGCCUCUGGGCUGCAUACCGAACCAAAUCGGGAACUCCGGCGGCAGCAUUGACUCCUGCGUCGGCCAAACAAAUCAGCUGGCUGCUCAGUUCAACACCAAGCUCAGAACCAUGCUUGAUGAACUCACCGGGAGCCUUCAGGGAUCGUACUUUCUCUACUGGGAUACUUAUUCUUCUGCAACAGAGAUCAUAGAUAACUAUGCAGACUACGGGUUCAAGCAACAGCACAGUGCGUGCUGCGGCGGAGGGCGGUCGAAGGGACAGAUAAUAUGCCUGCCAUUGCUUCCCCUGGAGUGCCACAACCGGUCGCAGUACGUGUUCUGGGAUCCUUACCACCCUACUGAUGCCUUCAACGCCAUUGUGGCCAAAGAAGCGUUCCAGGGAACCCUGCAGGCCGCCCAUCCCAUGAACGUACAGCAGCUCGUGGAAACCUAA